CCCAUUGACACUACGCUGCAUGGCUGCAGGUUAGAUUCGACGCUGUCCAAAGUGGGCUUAGGACAAUUGGAGUGUUUUGAGUUCUACUCGCAAAUGACUACCUUCCGUUCGCUUGGUAACAUAACCGGCAGACUCUUGCUGCACGGAAAGAAUGUGUCGACCAGUUCUUGCUGUGCGGCCGCGGAAUCAUCGAUGAACAUUUUUGAUCGAAACGCAAAACGGAUACAGAAAGAGAGAGCCGCGAGGAGUCCUGAUGUGGAGCUGUUCGAUUACAUAAAGGAAGAAGUUGGGUUCCGGCUGUCUGACAGAGUAUUCGAUAUAAAACGACAAUUCAAAGUAGCUGCGGACAUUGGUUGCAACCGAGGAUUCGUAUCCAGGCACAUUCUAGCAGAUUCUGUAGAAAACCUUAUUUUGUGCGACAUGAGCCCGACGAUGCUUGAACAAUCUAAUGGAACCCCUGGCGUAAAGAUCGAAAAGAGGGAAAUGGAUGAGGAAAAGCUUCAGUUUGAAGAAAAUUCUUUGGAACUAGUCAUAUCUAAUUUGAGCCUGCACUGGGUUAACGAUCUUCCUGGUUGCUUCCAAUCAAUUAUAAACAGUUUGAAACCGGAUGGGGUAUUCAUGGCGACUAUGUUUGGUGGGGACACUCUUUACGAACUGAGAUCCUCACUGCAAUUGGCUGAAUUGGAAAGGAAGGGUGGACUAUCACCGCAUAUUUCUCCGUUUACCCAAAUUAGAGAUGUAGGGUCGUUGCUAAAUAGAGCCGGUUUCACUAUGCUCACAAUCGACACAGAUGACAUUGUUGUUGGGUAUCCAACAAUGUUUGAGUUAAUGUGGGAUUUGAAAGGAAUGGCUGAGAACAAUGCUGCGUUCAAUCGACCCCUUCAUAUAAGCCGAGAAACGUUAAUGGCGGCGGCGGCCAUCUAUAAGGAGCUAUAUGGGAAGGACGAAGGCAUCACAGCUACAUUUCAAAUAAUUUAUCUAGUGGCGUGGAAACCUGGACCAAAUCAACCGCAGCCUUUAGCACGAGGAAGUGGCGAGUUUUCACUUAAAGAUCUUGGAAAAGUGAUCCAACAAGGUGGCAAAGCAAAAUCAAGUAAACAUAAGAAGAGUGGUCCGGAAGUGAAUAAUAAACAUAAUGAUAAAGAGGGAGAAAGUUGUAAAUAGGGAUUCAAAUGUGUUUAGCCUCCUGCUUGUAAAUAAAGAUAGACUAGUCGUUUUUAA